GUCAGCCAGCGUUUUUCAGUAGUGUGAGGUGGUGAACGAAGAAAAACUUUUGUUUCACGAUUUUCCUCAAUCACUGAUAGAUCUUCUUUGGUUGUGCGUGCGCGAAUCCGUGAUAUCACUUCCAGUUGAAUAUUGGGAAAAAUUGAGUGCUUAGUCAAUAUUGUUUCUACCACAUCGGCCGUGAAACCUUGUGUAUUGUCUAUACAUUGAAAAUUUUAACUCAAGAGGUGACGACUGAAUCGGAAAAAAUUGGUCGAAUUGGUCAAUGCGAGAGAAAAAUUCUGAAUUUCCAAUUGCUGCUGAAAGAACGUAGUGCGAACAGAAAGAGCGAAGCAAUACUAAGUGGAAUUAAUAUUCUGGUUCCAUUCGAAUAGCGGGCGCAGAACAGAGCGGAAAUUAAUUUAAUUGUGUAGGAUACAUGCUUAGUAGUUCUGAACGGGACGGCACUGACUAUCUGUGACUUGGACGAGCUGGACAAGAGCAAUCAAUUAGGCAAAAACGUGCCCGGCAGUAAGCUGUUGUCAACAAAAAGCUAAAUAAUCACGACAAAUUCGACAAAGUCUGUCAACACGUCGCUGCCUGCAAAAGCGCACGGUGUUUUGAUUAUUUAUUUCGGCAGCAUCUGCUCGAUGACGGAAAAAGUGUGCAAAGUAGAUAAACCAAAGGCCGCCGUAACCAACCGACCGCCGUCGUACGUAUGAAGCAAGAAAGGAAGUAGUGAUCGGAAAAGUCUACGGAAAAGGUGGCAGUGGAAGAAGAAAAUGAUAUUAUGUGGCCACCCUCGUCUGCCGUUGUUCCGUCCUCGGUGAAUCAGCAUUCGGAAAUUUUAAUGCAGAUAAGAGAAGCGGUGUUAUGAAUCGGUUUUUAUUACCAUUGUUUACCUGUGUCUCGUUUGGUGAUUGUGAUUGGCGAGGUGAAAUGAUAAUUACGCAACGAGGAGGUUGCUUCUCGACGCCACCGAAGAAUAAGCAGUCUUCAUUGAGCAGCUGCUGCUGCUUCAGUAACAGGGUUUCCUGCCAAGCUUGCGUGUGAAGUGCUUCCACGGGAAAUAAGGCAAUCAACGAUUGCGGACAGAAGGCGACAGUGGCAACACUGGUGGAGUAAGAAGAAACUGCUGAUUGGCUCUAAGUAAUUGGUCUGACCUCCGAAAGCGGAGAAGCGAGGCGAUCCGUCGUCGUCUGCUGGUUGGUUUUCAGUUCAAUCGUGGUGGGUGGAAUCUGUGCUGAAAUAAUUGUGCCAGAGUGAAUGACACUGAUAGGGCCCGGUGCCCCAGGUAUGGCAUUUAUGAUGAAGAAGAAGAAGUAUAAGUUUACGGUAGAGCUCCACCUGGAAGAGCUGGUUGAGGUGCCGUUCGUCAAUGCGGUACUUUUCGCGAAGAUACGGCUGCUGGACGGCGGAUCCUUUCAGGAACAUAGUAAUAGGGAGGAGGUACGGAAUCACACCGUAAAAUGGGGCCAAAAGUUUGAGUUCCCCUGCAAGAUGACAUCGAACGCGUCGACCGGGGUGCUGGAUCCCUGCACGGUGCGGAUAUCGGUGCGAAAGGAGAUUAAAGGCGGUAGAAGUUACCAGAAAUUAGGUUUUAUAGAUUUGAAUUUAGCAGAAUUCGCUGGUUCUGGACUGACGUCCAGAAAAUGCCUUCUAGAGGGCUACGAUACGCGACAUCGACAGGAUAACUCCAUGUUGAACGUAUCGAUACGGAUGCACAUGAUUCAGGGUGAUAUUUUGUUUAAAGUUCCUUCGCCAAGUCCGAAAUCAAAAACGAUACCCCAGGACAAUCUGGUUCUUGGUCUGCCACCCACGACCGUUGGAGUACCUCCCGCGGUUGUAGCACCGGUGGCUGCCAAUCGCGUCCCUACCAAAGACGAUUCAUCGAUAGCUUCCGGCUCGUCUGGAUUCGAUUCACUGACAAAGAAAAAAACGCCUCUGUUAGCAGACUAUCAACAAUCUUUCGAAUUAGAUCCGCAGUCUUUCCUGGUGACGGACUCCGGCAUAUCUGAAUCUUCCGAACCGCCAUCGUCUAUGCUGGACUCAACCGCCUCCCAGGCGACACUCCCAUCCCUGCCAAUGCAUCUAGGACUAAGUUCUAGCAAUACACAGCAAUGUCCAGUAAGCAGUGGAUCUGGAGGCACAACCUGUCCGACGGUGGCCCCCACUGCAGCGACAGCAACGGCGGUGCCCGGCAGCAUCGAAUUGGGUCAUUCCCGUAACUCGAGUAAUACUAGUCAAAUGUCCAAAGGAUCCGGUUACAGCAGUUUCUCGCACAGCCAACACUCGCGGCAAAGCUCCGAAGGAGACUCUGGACAUCAAAGGUUGCGUUCGUCAUUGCAAACCAAACAAAGCCAAGAUGAUCCGAAAAAACUUCACUAUCCUUCUGUAGUUAAUGGUAACCGUUUUGUUAAUGCUAAUAAAAAAUUCAUCACCAGUGUCGCCGGUCCGCGAGAGACCGGAAUGACUGUCAACGGCGGGAGCAGAUCGGGCGGAAGCAGCAACGAAGGAACGCCUACCAAGGUUAUGACGGCCCAUCGAUUGCUCACCAAGCUAAGAAUACCGCAAAGCCCGAACUCCGAUUCGGGGGAUGAGAUAUUCGUUACACCGGAUGCCACAGUGAUUUCGGACGAGGCCGGUUCAAAUGAGGAUCGAACCGAUUCCGGAGUCGAUGAGUUCGGAACGCCCACGCAGGAGAUACCCUUGUCGAAAUUAAUGAAAAUAAAGAGCAUGAAUAAUCUUUCCGCCACGAAAAGUAAUAUCUUUUUCCCUGAGAUUGAAAUAGAGCAGCGCGGUGGACUGGUGGAAGGUGACCGAUAUGUGGGAACACCAAAUCAGCAAAAUCUAAGUAGGAUGAAGUCUUUAGGAAACCUUUCGGCUUAUGAAAGAGAAUUCGGAGCAACUCCGGUCGAUUUACUCAAGUUAAAGAAAGACUUCGAAUUGAGAAGGUUUAGCUUCGCAAAAAUGAAAUCACUUUCCGAUUUAAACGACGAUAGCGAAGACGUGUUAGUUCAACGGCGAAAGCAAGUCUCGAAAGAAACUGAGCCGCCUACCCCUUCACCAAUCGAAGAAAAGAAAACAACUUUCCAAAGAAAUGGAAUAGAUUUAUGCAACCGAUUCCAACCGUUCCAAAUAAGGAACUCCUUUCACAGUGGCAUCUACCGGAAGAAAGCGGGAAUCGGCUAUACGCGUUACAUAGGGAUCGAGGAUGAUUCGCCUUCUCCGCUAACCAAAAUGAACUCGAUACCCACUCUCAGCGCCACGGAUCGUGUUAAUCCCAAUCCAUUCCUAACGCCGAACAUAAGCCGAAAACGGUUCUCUUCCUCGAGCAACAGUCCCGAUGAAAACGAUCAAUCGCCGGUAGAAAUGCGUCAUCCCCCCGUCGACACCGUUGACUCGGGUGCCAAUCUGUUGCGUGCUCCUUUCGAACGCAAUUUCCGUAAAAGCUCACCUACCGAAGAUUUCCGAACCUCCCAAACGAUGGCACCGUUCCGGCAAUCGGAUAGUAACUUCUACAACAUCAUUCGCAAUUAUCCAAUCGGCAAAUCAUCCUCUGCGAACCUGGAAUGGUUGAAGCAUCGUUCAUCGUACAAUAAUUUUCCGCUAAGCGUUAAACCGGUUACCACGACGAUAAUACCGAAGGAUGGAUCGGCAGGACCACCACCUUUGCCGGUGCCGGUUAUGCCGUCUCAAACAGCGACAACGGCAACAGUGACGUUGGCCAACAGAACCGCACCUAAUUCGCCAUCUUCUGCGAAUCACUACAAUCCUCGUGUCUAUCAUAGAAACCCCAGUUCUAGUUCUAUUCCAAUGAGCGAAACGGGUUCGCUGGAUCGUAUGAAAUCGGCGGCCGAGCGACGAAAGAAAGGUGCCCUGGAUGGCGACAGCGUGACGGUGCCAACCGUUUCCGGUCGAGUGGAAGGGACGCGCGUCAACACCGGACUGAUCAUUGACGAACUGCUGAAAAACACCAAGCUGGACCAUCUGGAGGAGUCCGAAACCCCCGCCGGUCUUGCCCUGUACAUUAGUAGUGACGGAACCACAACGCUCGGCAGUCACGAGGUCAAAUCACGGAUGCCGGCCGGAGUAUUCAAACAGGUAGUGAUGGAAAACCCAAGAUAGUAGCAACAGUAGUAGUGAGCCGGCCAGCGUGUUUGUUGCUACCCUGUGCUUUUUCCAACUUGCAUUCGACACGCACACACCGACACUGAUUUAUCAGUUUGUUGCAAUAUCGUCCCCUUCCGCACCACUACUCUUGGCGGGUCAGCUUCUCUGUCGUGUUGUGCGUAUAACCCAUGCUUCCCAGCUGUAAUUCUUAGUGAACGUUAUCAGAUAUACCAACAAAAAACAAAUAAGCAAAAUAUGAAUAAAAUAGCUGGAGAUUUAGUCUACCGAUUCGCUAUCUUGGGCUAUUGGUUUUUGUUGCGGGCAUAGGCUGUCGUGGUUUUCUAUAAUUUAUCGGUUUAAACAUAGAACGAGACGGUAUGGGGGCAAAACAGAAUAUGCGAUCUUUAAAACCUAGGCAUUAUUUAUUUACCUUUUUUGUUUCCUUAAGAGAUGCUGAAAGUGUAUUCGAAGCGAAAGUAUUUAGCAACACAUUGCUAAACAAUAAUACAAGCUGUGAAGAUAUAGUAAGCUAAGUAAUACACCUUUUAAGUGAGUCAUCUGUGAAUAGUUAUCAGAGAAGGAUGAAAAUGUUUCAUCGAAGGUUUUCUUUUCGAGAUUUUGUGUUUUAUAUUAUAUUUUAUUUUCCAAUUUUAAUGAAUUAGUUAUUUUUGCCAAUUGCUAAAGCUGAUAAAGCUUGUACAAGGUUCUGUCAAACUAUCGAAAGGAAAUGUUCUGUCAGUGUUGAUUGUGUACAUAAAAUGUAUUUAAUAAAGCUAAUUUUAAACCAGUUUAGUUAAGGCAAACUAAUUGUUGUGAUUUUUAAAAACUAGAUAUGAAACGAGAAGAUCAUAUCACAAAACAAUAAUUAGAAAAGCAGAGGUAUAAAAUUACGGUACAUUCGCAAAGUUUGAUGAAUCAUGACAUGGUUUUACCACAAGCGUAGUCUAUUUUUAAAGUGUGAAGGAAUGAUAGAGCGCUAAAAUUUCGUCAUUUUUCAGAAGAAAAUAGAAAAUACGUAAAUUCGAUAAUGGGAAAAAAUCAAAAUUUGAAAUACAGUUAGAACACACAUAAUGCAGUAAACUCGUUUGAGUAGACAUAUUCGUGACAUACGUUCACACCCGUUAGAAUCAGUGAAGUGAAGCUAAUAAAACAAAAUUACAUGUAUCACAGCUAAUAAACACAAACAAUAAACCUAGAAACAUGAGGCUCAAUUCAAAACCAGUU